AAAGGGCUUGUCCAAAUGAGAAUUUGCUAUAACGAAAGGAAUUUAACGAAAUCAAUGCUAUCAUGGCUGAUAGCACAGAUCCAGGCAAGGAUCCAACCAUAGAUGCCGGAGGAGGUGGCGCUGCUGACGCGCCUCCAAUUCCAGCUGUUCGGCGUCGUCGUGCGCAUGAGCACAAAUCCUCAUCAAGGGAGAAUAUUGAGGAGCAGGAACAGCUGGAGACAUCCACAGUGACGCGAACGUACAUGAAGACCAUUACCACAUCCUUGACAACAUCCAGCAGUAAUCUAGAAGAGGAAUAUGCCGCCAGCAGCAGCUCGAACCCAAACCAGCAACGUUUGCGCCAGAAGGUGGCACAAUACGAAAAGAUCUGGUCGGAUGGCACUGCUGCCAGCGGCAAACGUACCGCUGAGGAGAGCUCCGAUGAACUGCGACAAGACUCGAACCAGGAUGAUGACCAGGAGAAUCCCUUUGACAUUGAUGUCCACGAGAUUGAGCGACGUUUGCGUUUGGAGCGACAACGCGGCAUGGCCGAGGCGGAGGCAGCCAAGCUUGCCUUCCAGCAGGUCCAACUGCGGCACACAACCCCGCCACCGCCGCCGUCGUCGCUGCCACGUCGCGUGGAGGUGACCAGCGAGCAGACCGCCAGCCCGUUUAAUGUGACCUUGAGAACCACCAGUCGGAUGAGCCCCGGUGCCGAUCAUGGGAAUGUAGAGGAGCAGCUGUCGCCCUUUAAUGUGACGCUGCGUACGACCAACACGCGACGACACACAAAAAUGGAACUGGAACGCUUUCUCGAUGGCGAACGAAUGGUGAGAGAGGUGCCCGCCGCAGAUGGGGUAAGGACCAUCAUUACCUCGUCGAUGACAAGCGAUGGGGGCUAUGCCGAGGAGAAAAUCUAUCGCCAUGGCGAGGGAUAUGUUUCUCCGCGUGACUCACCCUCGUGGUCGCGCUCGCAUUCCAGUUACUCCGGCAGUGAGAGGUCCAGUGUGACGCCACCGCGUAGCGUUGACUUGACCGCCGGCGGUAGAAGGAUACUCAUUAAGCUGGAGAAUGAAACCGAACUGGGAGCUGGAACCGAACUAAACGACGAAACAGAUUCAAGUGCUGUGAAUCGUCAGCACCAGGACGUGGCCAUGGCAACGGGCAACAUUGACAUUACCGUUGGUAGCAGCAACCCCCGCAGGCGUUUAUACCAACAAACAACUGUCCAGGUGGGUGGCAACGUGGCACCGCCACAACAACAGCAACAGCAACGUCCUAGGGAACUUUCCCUCGAAACAGGAGGAACAAAGAAAAAGACAAUGCUACUAACAUCCACGCCGAUUGGCACGAAGGAGCAACCGCAGGAACCAAUCAGUCCAGCUGGAACGUGCCAAUUGCGUGGUUCUUCAGCGGAAGAGCAACGGAAAAUUGUAAGCCACAAAACGAUAACCACCACCAGCAGCAGCACAACGAAAUCGAAAUCCUCGACCUCCUCCUCAUCCACAUCCACGUCCACGUCGCGCAAAUUAAUCGAAGAUUCGCCAUCGCCGUCCCCGUCCGCUGGGAAUAUCUCGUUUACGGCCUCGCAAAUACGUCUAAGUCGCGAUAACGUAUCGAACGCCGGCGAUAUUAUCGAUAACGAUUCCGAUACCGAGGGCAGACCGGCCAGCAGCAUUGUGAUUGUGUCCACACCCUCGCGCUCUGUGACCCCAUCAACGCCCAGCACGACAGCAGCUCACGCCCACGCCCACGCGCUCAGCGGCAUUGGCACUUUCAGCAAGAGUCUGCGACAGGAUUAUCAGACUCAAGUACAGCAAAGUGGCAGCCGUGGCAGCAGCAGCAACGAAAACGAAUACCAGGAAUUCCAAUCCACAAUGGCGUCGAUCAAUUUCGCACGCAGCAAUUCCCAGUACGACAGUCAUAUCAAGGAGAAACGAGAGGAGCAAGAACGUGUGCAGAAGAAGACAUUCACUAAUUGGAUUAAUUCAUACCUAUUGAAGCGUGUUCCACCGCUUCGUAUUGAUGAUUUAAUCAAUGAUUUACGCGAUGGCACAAAAUUAAUUGCAUUGCUCGAAGUGCUGUCCGGUGAACGUUUGCCCGUGGAGAAGGGCCGUGUACUGAGACGACCACAUUUCCUUAGCAAUGCCAAUACAGCGCUGCAGUUUUUGGCCAGCAAGCGUAUAAAAUUGGUCAAUAUUAAUCCCGCAGAUCUGGUGGAUGGGAGACCACCAGUUGUGUUGGGUUUGAUAUGGACAAUCAUAUUGUACUUCCAGAUCGAGGAGAACAGCCGCAACCUAGAAUAUUUGGGUCAUGGUAUUGGUGGUUCGGUUAGCUCCCUCGACAGUGUUGGCAAUCAAAAGCAUGGCGACCUUAAAGCUGAGAAAUGGAAGCAGGGAGCCAGAAAAACGCUACUCAAUUGGGUGACAAAUGCCUUGCCAAAAGACAGUGGCGUGGAGGUGAAAGAUUUCGGCGCCAGCUGGAGAGAUGGCGUCGCUUUCCUAGCCCUGAUCGAUGCCAUUAAAGCGAAUUUGGUUAAUUUAGCAGAGCUAAAGAAGGCCAGCAACCGUCAGCGUUUGGAGACAGCUUUCGAUGUGGCCGAAAGCAAGUUGGGCAUUGCCAAACUCUUGGACGCUGAGGAUGUGGAUGUACCCAAGCCAGAUGAGAAGAGCAUCAUGACAUAUGUGGCACAAUUCUUGCACAAGUAUCCCGAACCAAAGGGUGCCUCACGCGAUCAGUCGCAUGUCCAGCAGGAGGCGGACGAGCUGCGUCGCUUCUUGGUGGAGAAGACCACCGAGUAUGAGCCCAUGGUCAUGCAGAGCUCUUUUCCGCGUGAUUUUAGUGAAUAUUUGCUGGCACGUUCCGAGGUCGAUGCACACUUGUCGGCCUAUAACCGACUAAAGCAAUUGAUUGAGAGCCAAAGCGGCUUCCUGCAGGUCUCACAUCAAUCGUGGAAUGAAAUCAAUGAGCUGUGGCAGCGCCUCCAGUACCAGAUGAUGUACUGGCUCUGGCUAUUGGAUGCCGAGCUGCCUGGCGAGUUCGGCAUUGUGGGCAAAUGGCUGGCCGAGGCCGAGAAAUUACUAAUGGACAAUGAUAUACCCAAUGCCAUGAAUGAGGAGACGGCGGCUGUGAUUAGCAGAAAGCUGGAGGAGCAUAAGCUCUUCUUUGCCGAUCUGCCGCGCAUUCUGGCCAUGUUCGACAAUGCCAAACGUUCGCCCUUGGCCCAGCAGGUGCCGCUGGAGCAGCUGCGGAACAUGGAGCGUCGCCUGCAAGAGGUGGGACCCAAGGCCGCUGAACGGCGCAUCCGCUUGAAGUUCUUGGAGCACAAGUGCUGCCUGAUUGCGUUCCUCAAUCUCGUGGAGAACAAGAUGCGCGGCUGGACCGGCAAGUAUGGGCACGAGGAGAAGGUGGCCCAACAGCUGGAGCAGUACAAGAACUUUGUGUCGCGCAACAAGAUCUUCCAGGAGUUCCAGAAGGCCUUCGUGGACAUGCAGCAGGUCGUGGAGGAGUACAAGCGCGAGGGCAAUGUGCCACGCAAGGACAUCAACGAGAUUGAUCGCUUCAUGUACGAGACGGAGGAGCGCUGGAAGCGUGUCUCCAUGGAGCUGAAGUGCUGCCAGAACUCACUCGAGGAGGUGGUCAACUGUUGGCGUAGCUGGAACCAGCAGGCACCCAGCUGCGAGGAAUGGCUGCUCCUAGCCGAACAGAAGGUCAAUCAAAGCGAAGACGAUCGUCUGGAGUUCUUCCAGGACAUACCCGUGUGGAAGGACAAGUUUGAUGCCUUGGCCAACUCGGCCAACUAUCUGAUUGCCUCCUGCGAGGAGCCCAUUGCCCAGCAGCUGCGACAGCGUCAUGGCACACUGGCCGAGCGCUUUGAGCGUCUGUUUGCCAACACCAAGCAGUACAUGCACGCGGGCGACAUCAUACGCUCCCGCCAGGAGUACAAGUCCGGCAUUGAGCAGCUGUCCCGCUGGCUGCGUGGCGCCGAGAGUGUACUCGAUCAGCGUCAGGUGCUCGGCAACAGUGAGCAGAUCCGCCAGUAUGGCCAGCAGCUGCAACAGCUAGCCAGCGAGAUCGAUGACAACGAAGAGCUGUUCAAGACAAUUAGCCGCAACUUCCAGGGCCUCAUCCAAGACCUGUCACGCGAUGAGGUGGACAAGAUGAUGAAGCUCCUGAAGCAGGAGAAGGAAUCGCUGGUGCGAAUACGCGCACAGCUGCCGGCCAAGCUGCAUCUUUUCCAUCAGCUGCAGAUCCAACAGGAAUCGCUGGAGGCUGGCCAGAAGGAGAUCCAUCAGUGGCUAAGCGAGGCCGAGCAGUUGCUGAGCACCCACAACCUCUCGGGCGGACGGGAUUCGAUCAACGAGCAGCUGCACAAACACAAGACAUAUUUCUCGCGCACCGUUUACUAUCGCUCCAUGCUGGAGAGCAAGAACAAGGUGUUCCAGAAUCUGCUUAAGGCAGUGGCAGCCGAUGACAAGAUCGACUCGGCGCCCGGCACCCAGCAAAUGCAGCAACUCAACGAACGCUUCAACUAUGUGAUCCAGAAUGCCCAGCAAUGGGAGCAGCGUUUGGAUGCUGCCGCUGGCGGUUGGAGUAACUUCAAGGACAACGAACGUGUCGUGAGCGAGUGGCUCACCCAGGCCGAGUCCAUGCUCGUGGAGAAGCACAUCGAAUCGAAGACCACCAUCGAGACACAGAAAUAUUUCUUUGAGCAGGUCAAUGAUCGCUGGAUGAACGACCUCGUGCAAUCCGCUCAGCAAUUGCUGACCACCUUGCCCGCCCAGGAGCAGCCAGCGGUGGUGCAGAGCGUCGAGCAGCUGCAGUCGCGCUGGAAGAAUGUCCUGUCACAGGCGCCGCUCCAUCUGCUGAAGCUGGAGUUCCGUUUGGAUGAGAAUGCGUUCUAUCAGUCGCUCAAGGAUGUGGAGAAGGAACUGCAGCUGGAGCAGCAGGCACUCAAUCGCAACGAAGAUGUCGACUCCAUACUGCAGCGCAAUCAGCAGUUUUUGGUGCAACAGGAUGUGGUGCCGAGGCUGGAGCGUUGCCUGCAGAAUAUGCAACGCUUGGCACAGGCACACCGACAGCAGCAGCCCGGCGACAUCUCGCUGGACCAGGCCUACGACAAUGCGCAGGCCCAGUGGCACGCGCUGUCCAACAAACUGGCGGACAUGCGACAGACACUGCAGCAGAUCCCCGCCCAAUGGCAGGGCUACCAUCAGAAGUUCAACGAGAUGAUACAAUGGAUGAACACAGUGGAUCAGAGCCUCAAGAAUAUUGUCAAUGAAGUGAAUACCAUGGAGGAAUUUGAAAAGGAGAAGGUCGUGUUUCAGCGAAUCUGCCAGGAUGCAGACAACAAGCGUGAAGACAUGAAGUGGCUGGUCAAAACUUUGGACUCGCUGCUCAGCUAUGCCACCGAAGAUGAGGCCAACAUGGAGCAAAAGAAACUGGAGGAUCUGAUUGCACGCUACAAGAACCUCAUACCGACCAUUGAGAUCACAAUGGUCAAGACGGAGGUGUUCUCCAAAUGCUACACCUAUCGCCGCGAGGUGCACGAGGUGGUGUGCCUGUUGAGCAAGGUGAAGGAUCAGACAGCCAAUAUCCCAGCGCCGGACAGUCUGGAGCGUGUGAAUCGUUUGAUUGAAGAGCAGCAGUAUGCCAUCAAUCAGCUGGAUCAUCAGCGGCCGCACAUCAUGUCGAUGCUGCAGCGUGGCCGUGAUCUCAGCAAGGACUUGCACGCCCCGGCAUUUGUCAAUGCCGAGGUCAAGAGUCUCGAAACAGGCUGGAACCAGGCCUACACACAGACCUCCGACAAGCUGCAGGCACUCAAGGGCACCCAGGCGGUGUGGAGUGACUUUGUUGACCAGAAGAACGACAUCUUCUCCAUGCUGCAGACAGCCGAAACGGAGCUGCGUUCCCUGACACCGCUGCAGACAGAUCCGAAGAAUGUCAGUCAGGAUCUGAAGUCGAAGCGGGAUCUGAAUGUGCAGCUGCAGCAGGCCUCGCAUCAGCUGCUGCCCAAGCUGCAUGCUCUCAAGUCGGAACUGGCGCCGCUGGCUGCCGCCGACAAGCGGCCCUUGCUGGAGAAGGAGGUCACCGAAGUGGAGAAGAUGUUCUUCAAUACGAUGGAGCAUGUCAAGGAUCGUGUUGGCUAUCUGGAGGACUACAGUGCCAAGUGGAACAAUUACAAGACGCGUCUCGCUGAGCUGCAGGAAUGGGCCAACAAGGUGGCGCCCAAGAACAUCGAAGCGCUGCAGUCCGAGGACCUCACACCCGAAGAGCGUGUGGUCAAGGUGCAGGGCUUCAAGCGCGUGCUAGGAGAGCGCAUGAAGCAGCUGGAUCUACUGGCCGCCGAUGCCUCCGAGCUGGCACCGAAAGAGGGCAACAUUGCCGAAGCGAAGCGGCUAAAGGGUGAGAUCUCCAAGCUGCAGGAGGUGCUCAGUGCGAUCAAUCGCAAUGUGGACCAUCAGGCACAGGCCGUGCAGGAGGAUCUCCUCAACUGGCAGCAGUUCCAGGCCGGCCUACAGCAGAUCAAGCCCGCGGUGGAGCAAAGCGAAGUGAAGGUAAAUAAUGUAGUUUCUAAACCCCAGACCCUUGAAGAAGCCGUUGCCAUGCAACAGAAUGCCCAACAAUUCGAAUCACAAUGCCAGGAGCAAUUGGACAAGCUCCAUGGCAUCUCGAACAUCAGUCAUAAAAUGUUGUGUAAAACGAAUGCGCCCGACGAGCUGGAUGCCAUGCACUCCCGCUGGUCCGCCGUCCACGAGAAUGCCAAGCAGGCGAGCGCCAAGCUCGAAAAGUUGGUUGGCAAUUGGAAGUCCUUCGAUGCCGAUGCCGGCAAGCUGGAGGACUGGAUUGGCCAGGGCGAGCAGCAGAUGGCCAAGCGUCCGGCUGUGCUGAACACGCCGCACAUUGACAAACUGGAGAAGGAGUUGGUCAAACUGAAGUCCUUCAACAAUGAGAUCUCGCAGCAGCAGGCCAAGCUGGUGGCCUUGGGACAGAAUGCCGAUCAGAUCAGUCUGCAUUUGGCGCCCGAGGGUGCCGCUGCUCUGAAGGAUCGCGUCAACCAAAUGAAGGGCAAACUGCAGAAGUUAUCGGAGGCCACGAGGGGCAACAUCAACGAGGUCUCCGAUGCCAUUAUCUCAAGGCAGGACUUUAACGCGAAGCUCGUGAACUUCUCCAAUUGGAUGGAGCAGUUGAGGAAUCAGGUCACACAGGUCGAGGAAAUCAAUCCGGAGCGUGUGGAGACGAGUCUGCAUGUGAUCCAUGCUCUGAUGCAGGAGCAUGCGGACAAGAAGCCCAGCUUCAAUGCCAUCUACGACGAGGUCAAGCAGCUGGCUUUGGGUGCCACGCCAGAGGAAACGAAUGCCUUGAAUGAUGCCUACACCGCUCUGGUUGUUAAUUAUCAGAACCUAGAGACAAAUAUGCUGCAAAAGAAGGCUGCCCUGGAGAAGUGGACAGAGCUUUUGGGUUGGAAGAACGAUACGGAAUCGCAUUUGAAUUACUUGAAGCAUCAGUUGGACAAGCCCGAGGGACCCGCUGCGGAAGAGCUGGGCAAGGUGAUCCAAGAGAUUGAUUCUUUGGGUCAGGGCAUUAGCUACUGGAAGGGUCAGGCCAAGGAAAUUGAUGAGAAUCCUGCCAUCCAGCUGCGCGAUGCCCUGUCGCGUCGUCCACUGAUUGCCACACAAAUUGUCAACGAUGUGGAGAACAAAUUGGAAAAUCUGAAGCUGCGUUCGCAGAACCAACAGCAACAGCUGCAGCAGAUGACCGUGCGCAAGGAUAAAUUCCAUGCGUUGGAGCACAAUUUCGGACAGUCGCUGCAGGAGAAUCGCGACAAGCUGCAGGCCAUACUCCGACAGCAGCCGACACUCAAUAAUAUUGAUCAGAUCAUAGCCGAUUUGGUGGCACUCAAUGAGGCACUCAAGUAUCAGGCGGAUCUCAAGAAUCGCAUCCAUGAUGAGGGUUCGCUGCUGAUGCGCGAGGACAUUGCCAGCAUGCCGGCCAUCCAGGAGAGUCUCUUGGUGAUGGACAAGAACUAUGAUUCGCUGCAGAAUGAAAUAGCCGAACGCAUACAGAAAUACAAUCUGAUUAGUCAGGCCCUGAGGGAGUACGCUGAAUCCAAGGAUAAGUUCUCCAAGGAGCUCAAGAAAGCCGAAGAUCUGUUUAAUGCCAUACCCCAGCAGCCACGCGACGAAACGGAGCUGCAACAGGCCUCCGAGAAGACAAGGAAGACCCUGGAACAGCUGAGGAAAUCCAAGCUAAGUCUCGAUGAACUCGAGAGACGUGGCAAUAAUGUGGCGAAACUAUUCAGUGCUAUUGGCGAGCCCAUACCCCAGGAGGUGCCUCAGGAGGUGAUGGCCGCCAAACAGAAGUAUCAGGACCUCCACGAUAAAACAGCCAAGAAUGCGCAUGUCUAUGAAACGGAGGCGGUUAUUUGGUCACAAAUCGAAGAUGCCAAAAAGGACCUGCUGCCGUGGUUAAACGAAACCAAUCAAGGUCUGUGCGAUGCGGCAGAUAAUUCCAUCGAAAUUGAGUUUGCGCCCAUGCGACUCACCAAAUACCGCACGGAAUUGCCUUCCUAUCAGGCUCUGAAGGAUACAAUUGCAGAGAAAACCAAGGAUUUGGGUGGAGAUAUACCCGCUCUGCGGGCACUCAAUCAAUUGUUGGAUGAGCAGUUUGCAGAGGUGUCCGACAAUGCCGAACGUUUGAGUGCCAUUACCACAUCGUUUAAUGAUCAGGAACAAGAGCUGCGCAGGCGCUCAAAGGUGGCAGGCGAACAGGUCAGCAAGCUGCGCGAACAACUCAUCAAAUGCGAUGACAUGUCGGGCGAUAAUAACAAGAUCAUGGAGCGUCUGCUCCAAUGUCGUGCGUUGCGCAAAGAUCUAGAUGAAAGUGGCAACGAGAUUGACAACAUCAAGCAGAAGGUGGACGAGCUGCGUAACCUCUAUCCCACAUUCAGUGAGUCCAUCAUACCCAAGGAGCUAAACAAUGUGCAGAAGCGCUAUGAAGGCGUCGAUUUGUAUGCCAAAAAGAUUGAGAGCUCGCUGCUGCAGUUCCUCAAGAAGUUCCAUGCGGAUAGGGUGGGCAUGCUGAAGCGCAUCAUUGCCACGCAACGCGAAAAGGUGGCCUGGUGUCAGCCAGAAUCGUCGAGCGAUAAAUACAAUCUGGAUGUCAAGAAAUCAUCGCUGCAGGAGGUCAGCAAGAGCAUUGACGAGUGCAAGGCCAGACAUGCAGAGACCUUGAAAUCCCUGGAAAUGCUGAAGGCUGUGGAGUCGCCACAGAAUCUGCAGGAACUCACAAAGAAUGCACAGCUGCUCGACAACGAUAUGAAGGCCCUGCAGGAUAGCUUUGAUCAGAUCAAGAGCAUACUCGAUGAGAAUGUGGAUCUGUGGUCGCAGUACGAGCAAUCGAACGAGCAAAUAUCAAAUUGGUUGCGUGAUGUCGAGGGACGCGUCAAAGCGGAGACCAGCAGCCAAGUGAAUCUUCCCGAAGUGCCACAGAAACUGCAGGAGCUGGCCAUGCUACAGCAGGAUGUCCUGGCCCAUGAGCCCAUUAUCCAAGCGUUAGAGCAGACCUCACAGCAAUUGAUUGAGAAGAAUCCCGAGGCAAGGAUUGGACAAUUUGUGCAGCAUCUCGUGCAGCGCUAUCAGGCUGUCAGCAAGAGUCUCAAUGGAUACAUUGACAAAAUACGCAGCGCACAAUUAUCCAACACCAACUUUGCCAAGGCUUCGAAGGACUUUAAUGAAUGGCAGAGCGAUGCCAAGAUUGAAUUCCAAGAACUGGCACGCAUGGGCUCGCCCGGAUCCUCCUCAGCCACAGCCCAACAGCUGCAGACGAUCAAAAACUACAUCAAGACGCUGGACAACGGGCAGAUAUUGUUGAAUAAUGCUGUGGAUAUAGGUGAAAACUUGUACCCCGUGGUGUCGCCUGAGAAUCGUGAACGUAUCCGCGCGGACCUCCGACAAAUGAGGGAAAAGUUCGACUAUCUGCGCGAUGAGGCGAAUGCGUUGUUGCAGCAGGUUGAGGGUGUGCUGAUACAGAAGACAUCCAUCGAGGAGAGCUACACCCAAGUGUCGCACUAUCUGAAUGAGUCGCGGGCAAAGGUUACAGCUGGGGAUGAACUCUAUCCCACUUUGGCCACCAAAAAGGCUGCCCUGCAGAACUAUAAAUCACAACUACAGGAUAUUACGCUGCACAAGAAUGCCUUGAAGCAGUUGCACGACAAGGCGGUCACCCUGUGCGACGAUGAGUCCGAAAGGAAGACGGACGAGUCCAUCCAGGAGUACAAUACGCUGUCCAAGAAGAUCUCCGAUCGCAUUGGCAUCGUGUCCAAUCAAGUGACCAAACAUGAGGCCUACGAUCAGGUGCUGGAGAAGGCACAGGACUGGCUGAACACCAUCAAAUCGGAUGCCAUAGACAUCCUCAAUGAGACCACGUUCGAGAAGGAGGGAGCCGAAGAGAAGCUGUCCGUUGUGGAGAAUCUAUUGAAGCACAAACCCGAAGGGGAUGCCAUAUUUGAUACGUGCCACAAACUACUAGAAACUGUGUUAAAACAGACACAUCCCCACGGACAUCCUGCGCUGCUGAAGGGCUUUGAGGAGCCAAAGCAUGCGUGGGAGGAGUUUAUGGUUUUGUGUGAGGAUUCGUUGGUGAAACUCAAGCAACUGUGCUCGAAAUGGGAUGAAUUCGAUUCGAUUAUCGAAGAUCUGGACAACUGGAUGAAGAACGUGGAGGGUGUCGUCAAGAACCAGAACCUGAAGAGCACUGCGGACGCAAAGAGUGCACAUCUGAAGCAACUGCAGGACAUUUCGAAGGACAUUGAACGUCGUGGCACGGCCAUCAAUGAGCUGAUGGAUCAGGGUCGUGAAAUCGAAGGUGAAACCGAUUUGAAUCUGAAACUCUCGCGCCUGAACACACGCUAUCAGACGAUCAAAAAUCUGUGCAAGGAAUCGAUAGCAAAGUACACGAAUUACGUGAAGGAUCACAAGAGUUUCGAUCAGGAUUUCGAAGCGUUCAAGGAGAGCUUGCAGGCUUCGGUGAAUGAUUUGUCGAAGGCCAAUGAAAUCACUGGCGAUCAGAGUGUGCUCCAGGAACAGCAGAAUAAACUCCGCGAGAUGUCAGAUAAACGCAUUUCCGACUCCACGCUGUUCGAGGGUCUCAUCGAUCGUGGGGAGAAGCUGUACGGACACACCAGUCCCGAGGGUCGUGAGAUUAUACGCCAACAGUUGCGUUCCCUGCGCACCCUGUGGGAUAAUUACACGGACGAUUUGAAUGCGGCCACCCAAAAGAUUGAUCAAUGUCUGUUGCAGUUCAACGAAUUCAGCAUUGCCCAGGAUCAGUUGACGAAAUGGUUGAAGGAUGUGGACAAGGCCAUGCAGAGCCACACGGAGCCAAAGACCACGUUGCAGGAGAAGCGCGCCCAGUUGCAGAAUCAUAAGCUGUUGCAUCAGGAGAUAACCACACACAAUGUGCUCGUGGACAAUGUGUGCGACAAGGCACAGCUACUGAUUGAUCAAAUCAAGGAUAACUCUCUGAACAUCUACCUGCAUUCGAUUAAGGAAUUGUUUCAGAACAUUGUCCAAAAGUCUGAUGUGAUCCUGCAUAAUCUGGAGGACUGUGUGCAGCGGCAUAACGAUCUAAAUAAUGGCCUGGCCUCGGCCAAGACAUGGAUAUCGAAUGAGAAGGCCAAGCUCUUGGAAUGUGACGAUGCCUACGGCGAGAAGGCGGACAUUAAGCGAAAGAUCGAAACCCUGGGGCAACUGGCACAGAACAAACCACAAGCCAUGAAACUGAUCAGCGACAUACGCGAGCAAUUCGACAAGGUGAAGCCCACAACCUCGGACAAAGGCAACGAAGUGUUGGACAAGGAAAUCGAUGAGCUGGAGACCACCUUGAAGUCCCACUUUGACGACAUCGAGGGCAUUGAGGGCAAACAAAAGGAUGUUCUCGUGCAGUGGGAUAAAUUUGAGAAGACCCUCGAGGAUCUGACCAAAUGGUGUCGCAAUGCCGAAGCCGUAUUCCGCGAGCAACAGCUCCAGUCGACGCUGCACGAAAAGGUCGAACAGUUGGAGAAAUACAAGAUCCAGCGGGAAUUGAUUAUCCAGAAGGAGCGGGAGAUUGAUGCCUUUGGCGAUGCCGCCCAUUCGCUGCUCAACAACUGCGGGGCAGAUCGCUUGAAAACUCUGACCACACAGAUCACGAAUCGUUAUCAAUUGCUGCAGGUGCUGAGCAAGGAAGUGGUCAAUCGUUGGUCGAAUCUCGUGGAUGAUCAUCAGUUCUAUCAGGACAAGUACAAUGAGGUUGAUCUGUGGCUGCAGCCGAUUGAAAAGCAAAUGGAGAAGGUGCUGCUCAAUGAUGAACAGGAGCAUAACAUUUUGCAGGUUCUCUUAUCCGAAAAGGAGCAGGCCGAGAGUCUCUUUGGUGCUUUGAAUGCUGCGGGUGAAAAGGCUUUGCCGGAGACAUCGACACAGGGCAGAGAGAAGAUCCGCAAGGAUUUGCGUGACAUACGCGAUCGUUGGGACAAACUGGACGAGGGCAUACGCAAUCUGGAGAAGCGCCAAGAGGCCCAGACCGUUCAAUUGUCCAGCUAUCAGGAUAUUCUCAAUCAAACUGUCAACUGGCUGGAUCAGGUGGAAAAGCUGCUAAGCAAUGAGAACCCCUCGACGUGGACAAGCGCCCAGGAGAUACGCUCCAAGUUGUACAAGUACAAGGCCACCAAUCAGGACAUCAACUCACACAAACGCAUCGUGGAGGCUGUCAACGAAAAGGCAGCUGCCCUGCUGGGAAGCUCCGCCCCACCCAAUGCCGAUGACAUAGCCCACGCGGUGACUGUGGUGAACAAACGCUACGAGCAGGUGGGACAGCAGUGUGCCCAGCUGGUCGCCGAUCUGGAUGCGGCCUUCGAGGUGUACCAACAGUUUAGUGAAUUGCAAAAGGCCCAGCAGGACUACCAGAAGAAUCUCUGGGAUCGUCUCACUGGCUACUCCGACUACUCCGGCAACAAGGCGGCACUGCAGGCGCGUCUGCAGAAGAUCAAUGAGAUUCAGGACGCCCUGCCCGAGGGUGUGGCCAAGCUGAAAUCUCUGGAGGAACACAUUCAGGCCAAUGCCACGAAUAUACCGCCACGUUCCAAGGAGGCCAUGGCCAGGGAUUUGGGCAAUCUGCAUGCAGAUUUUGAAAAGUUUGGCGCGUCUCUGAGUGAUGUCAAGAGUGGCCUGGAGAACCGACUGCAGCAGUGGAACGAUUACGAAAUCAACUUGGAUCGUCUCAUCAAUUGGUUGGGAGAGGCUGAGAAUGCACUCAAGAACUACAACCUCAAGAACUCAUUCGAUGAGAAGGAGGAGCAACUGACACGCUUCCAAUCUUUGGCUCAGAGCUUGCGUCAAAACGAAUCCGACUUUGACAAGAUGAAGGACGACACCUCAGAGCUGGUGCAGAGCUCCGGCGAGACAAGGAUUGCUGUGAAUGUGCAGCAGGUAUCCUCACGUUUCCAGUCCAUUCAAGCAACAGCCAAGGAGAUCCUGAAGAAGUGCGAGCAAGCUGUCCAGGAUCACGGCCAUUUCAAUGAUAAAUACAAACAGUGUGCGAAUUGGUUGGCCCAGGCCCAAGGACGCUACGACGACUGCUGUGAUUUGUCGUCCGUUGGAUCCCGCGAUGACCUGCUAAAGAAACAAAUGGUCAUCCAGGAACUGCUGGCCCAACAGCCCACGGCUACGCAGCUGCUGAACAGCACUGUGGAGCUGGGUGAAAAGUGUUAUGGCUCAACGGCCACCGAGGGUCGCGAGGCCAUUCGCAGCCAGUUGGAUGAUCUGACAUUCGAUCAGCUGUUCGACAACAUUGCCAUUACGGCCAGGAAAAUCCAGGAUAAGAUUGCCAAAUGGUCAGGGUUCGAUGAGAUUGCCGACAGCCUGAAGUCAUGGCUGGAGGAGACAGAGAGCGCUUUGCCCGCUGAACUCGAACUGAAGACCACGCUCGAUGAAAAGCGCACUAAACUACAGACCUACAGGGAUGUGCUCAAUGACAUUAACAACCAUCAAGUGGAGCUGGGAAAUCUGCAAGAGAUUGCCGCAAAUUUGCCAGAGAAAACGGAGCAUGUUGACGGGAUCCUCAAGGAUAUUGCCGAACGCUUUGGAAAGCUACAGAAGCGCGGCCAAUCCUUUGUGGAGCGUUACGAGGGUAUUGUUAGUGCCCAUCAGCAAUACUCGAAGGCGGUGAUGGAUGCCCAGGAGUUUAUUGAUGCCACCCUCAAUACGGUGCACUAUUGGGGGGAUUUGGACCUCGAACAGAUCUCCCUGCACACGAAUCUGGAUCGCUUGAAGAACCUGAAGGCCAGUCUGGCCGAUGAGUUCCCGCGAGUGGAUCAAGUGCGUGCUUUGGGCGAGAAGGUCAUCCCCGGUACCGUGGAUGUGGGACAAGUAAACAUCAAGUCACAGAUCGAUACAACGCAACAGGAAUGGGAGGGUCUUCUGGCGGCUAUUGAGUCGACCAUCGAAGGAAUUGAAUCGCGUCUGCAGCACUGGUCGGAGUACGAACAGUUGAGGGAUCAGUGUCUCGCUUGGAUACGGGAUACCGACAACAAUCUCCAUGCCAUUGAUCUGAAGGAGGAUCUGCCCAAGAAGCGCACACAGCUGGAUGCUCUGAAGGCACUCCAAGGCGAUGUGAGAGCCAAGGAGCUGGAGGUGGAUAAUGUCACAGAGAAGGCACAGACCCUGCUAAAGGGCCACCGCUCUGCGGGUCCCGAAUUGGUCGCGAAAUAUCAGCAGAUCUUCCACAAGGUCAAAGAACUGAACAAUCGCUGGCAGCAAUAUGUGUCCACGCACGAGGACUUUGAUAAUUCCAUCAACGAUUGCACCUCUUGGAUCAACGACAUCAAGGAGAAGCUCGACUACUGCUCGGACAUGUCGUCCAUGAGCCAAAAAGAGUUGGACAAGAAAUUGGCCACCAUUCAGGAUGUCAUCCUGCUCAAGGACGAGGGCUCUGCGCGUGUCCUGAAGAUCCUAGAGCAGGCCCAGCACGUGCUGGCCAAUACAGCGCCUGGCGGACAUGAGGCCAUCAACAGGGAUCUCACCGAUCUGCAGGAUCUUUGGUCGGGCAUUGCCUUGCGCAUAAUGGAUGUGAAAUCGAAUCUGGAUGACUCGAUCACCCAAUGGUCGGGCUUCCUCGAUCAAGUGCAGAAUGUGCGCAAGUUCAAUGAGUGGCUGGAGGCUCUCCUGAAGGAGUUGCUGGAAAAUCAAACGACAAUGACGGAAAAGCGAGCACAGCUGGAUCGCGUAAAGUCCACGGAGGAGAAGGUGCGCGUGGAGAAGAUCGAUGUGGAUGCAUUGAAGAUUCAAGCCAAGGAAAUGAUUGCCAGCGGGCAGCAAAGCCAAGCCGCCUACCAAGCCCAGAAAGUGUUGGACAACUUCGAUGAGCUGUUUGGCAAGACACAGAAACUGCUGUCGGAUCGCCAGGAUCAGUACAGGGAUCAUCGUUUGUUCAAGGAGGCCUACGAUGAUUUGGUUAGCUGGAUAGGUCGUGCCAGGGAGAAGUUCCCUGCCCUCAAGCAGAGUAGCCUCAGCGACAAGCUGGCCAUUGAGAAUGCUGUCCAGGCCACAGAGGCGCUGCUCAACAAGCAGGCCCAAGGUGAGCUGCUGGUCGAGCAUCUGGUGCACACCGGAGAGGUGGUGCUGGCGAGCACCUCCACGCAGGGACAGGAGAUCAUCAGGAAUGAUAUACGCGCCCUGCGCGACAGCUUUGAGAGUCUGUUCCGUGAGAUCAAUCAGCAGAAGGAGAACCUGGAGGUCACCAUGGUGCAGUGGCGUGCCUACAAAGAGGAGUACGAGCGCCUCAUGGAGUGGCUGCAGCAGAUUGAUAUUCUAGUCAAGAAUCACAAGCUCAAUCUGUGCCCCAAUCUGCAGGAUAAGGAGAAACAAGUGGCAGACAUGAAGGAGGUGAUGUCGCGACUGGAGAAGGGCAAGGAAGACAUUGAUCGUUUCAAUGCUUCGGCUGCCAGUCUUCUCAAGUCCCAUCUGGAUACUUAUGUGAACAAUCAGCUGCGUCACCUGAGCUCUGUCUAUCAGGUGCAGGUGAAUCUGGCCAAGGAUGUGCUGAAGAAGGUGGAAACAAACCGAGAUCAGCAUCGCGAAUACGAUUGCAAUAUGCGUUCGGCCAAGGACUGGAUUGCCCAUGCCAAGACGGCCAUUCAAUCCGCCGGCGAUGGUGCUGGCUCCAAGGAGGCGCUGCAGCGACGUCUCGAGCAGAUUCAGGACCUCAUCCGUAACCGCGAAGUGGGUCAAAAUCUGGUCCACACAGCCAUCAAUAAUGGUGAAAAGAUUAUACGCAACACGCGCUCGGAUGGCAGGGAUGCGAUCAACAGCGAGAUGAAGGAACUGCAAACGGAAUGGGAUCGGCUGGUGAAGAAAAUGUCCAAUGCCAAGGUCCAGCUGGAGACGAAUCUGCUGCAGUGGGCGGACUACAGCUCCAGCUACACACAGCUGCAGCAGUGGAUCACCGACAGGGAGGCGAAGCUCCAGCAAGCCUGCGAGCAAAAGAUUGUCAAAUCGAAGCGUGGACAACCAGGCCUCAGCAGUGGGUUGAGUGAGCGCAAGGCAAAUCUGCGGCAGACCAACAACAUUGUCCAGGAUAUUGUGUCCUUUGAGCCGAUGAUACAGUCAGUGGCGUCCAAGGCCUCGGACCUGCAGCAAGGCGCCCCAGCCACAGAGAUCUCCGACAAGUACGAGAAUCUCACAAAGCAGGCCAAGGAUCUGUAUGAGAAGCAGAAGACAACCAUCGAGAGCUACCAGUCGCUGAUCGAUGCCGGCAAUGACUUUGCCACUUGGCUGCGCAAUGCCAAGGAGCGUCUAAGCAAGUGCUCCGAGCCGACAGGCGACAAGCAGGCGCUCGCCGAGAAGACCCACCAGCUGAAGAUCCUGCAGGGCGAAGUGCCCGAGGGUGCCCAGAAGCUAAAGAAUGCCCUGGAGCAGGGGGAGAUAGCCUGCCGCAGUGCGGAGCCCGAGGAUUGUGAGAUCAUUGAGCAGGAGGUGGCGCUACUGCAAGAGGAGUUCGAUGCGUACGUCGAGGCCUUGAACAAGGCCAAGGACUACCUGGAGGUGGGCAUUGUCAAGUGGUCGGACUACCAGGAUCAGUACACGGAAGCCCUCGAGUGGCUAAGCAAAACGGAGGCUCUGGUGCAGUCGUACAACAAGCUGCAGGACAGCCUCACACAAAAGAAGGUCGUCCUGGAACAGUUCCAGGGACACUUGCAGACCCUCUUCGACUGGCAGAAGACCCUCGAUCAUUUGAACAUGAAGGCCCAAGUGCUGCUGGAGACGUGCUCCGACACGCGCAUCAGCAACGCCAUCAUGCAGCUGACGACGAAAUAUAAUGCGCUGCUGACCCUGGCCAAGGAGGUGAUGCGCCGCCUGGAGAUGCACUACCAGGAGCAUCAGCAGCAUCAUUCGCUCUACGAGGAGUGCCAGUCGUGGAUCGAGAACACACGCGAGAAGCUAGCCGACUGCGAGCACAUACCCAGCACACUGAAUGAGGUACAAAUCAAACUGAAUACCGUCAAGAAUCUCCGGCAGGGCUUCGAGACGGGUCAGAACAAGCUGCGGUAUCUGAUGGAACUGAAGGAGAAGGUCAUCAUGAACACGGAACAGAAUGGUGCAGCCAAGAUCCAAGAGGACACCGAGGCACUCAAGCAGGACUUUGACAAGCUGCUGGUGGAUCUCAACGAUGUGCGCCAGAAGCUGGCCAAUCGUUUGGCCCAGCUGGAGGAGAUCUUCAAGCUGUACAAGAUCCUUGUCGAGUGGCUGGACGAGGCAGAGCCCAGUGUCAAAGCCAGCGAUGAGUAUCUCAAUGAUUUGAGCGAGAAGCGCGCGGCCCUCGAGAAGUUCCGCGUCAUCCAGCGGGAUAUCAAUGGCCACAAUGACAUUGUAGAGAAAAUCAAUCUGCGCUUGCGCGAGGACAAUAGCCUGGAUGCCAACGACUUCCAGCCGGGUCUCAGCAAAUUUGAGUAUCUUCAGGCGGAGGUCAACAAGAUCAUAGAGUCGCUGGAGAACCAGGUGAACAGCCACGACAAGUACAAGCAGGCCUACAACGAGCUGCAGGAUUGGCUGCGUCGCACUCGCAUCGAUGUCGAGCAGUGCGCCGACUGUCACGGCGAAAAGGAUCAGGUGGAGAGUCGUCUCAAUCGUUUGGGUGACAUACAGGCCACCUCUCUGGAGGGUAAAUCCCUGCUGGAUGCCUGCGAGGAGCUCAGUCGCGCGGUCAUUGCCACCAGCGGCCGUGAGGGUCAGGACAAUGUGGCCCAGGAGAUCAAACACUUGAAUGCCGAAUGGGAGACCCUCCAGGCAAUGUCGCGUGAUGCGCGCAGCAGUCUGGAGACCUGCCUCAACGCCUGGCAGACCUUCCUGCAGAAGUUCAACAAAAUCAAUCUGUGGAUCGAGACGAUGGGCAAGCGCGUGACCAAAUCCCAGGAAGCCGAUAACAAAACCACCGAAGUUUUGGUCAAUGCCAAGAAAUUGCUCGAGGAAGUGCUGGCCGAGAAGGACAAUGUCGAGGAUUUGAAUGACAAUUGUGAGCUCUUGAUGGAGCAGAGUGCCUGCACACGGAUACGCGAUCAAACCAUCGAAACGCAGGCCAAUUACACAAAACUCUUGACUUCUGCCCAGGGGCUGGUGGCCAAGAUCGAGAAGAAUCUGUCGGAUCACACGGAGUUCCUCAACUACAAGAAGGAAAUGGAUGGUUGGAUAGAGAAGGCGCAGCAAGUGCUCAACGAUUGCGGCACCGAUGGUGAUGCCUCCAUUAUUGCACAGAAAUUGGACACAGUUAAUUCGCUGGCCUCCCGUCUGCCCGAGGGUCAGCAUUUGUUGGCCUUGGUGCAGGAUGCCUACUCAAAGGCCUCCAACAUCACGCCCGAGGACAAGCAGGAAAAACUGCGCGAACUGAUGACCAAAGUGCGCGAGGACUGGGAUGCUUUGGGUCUGGAUGUCAAGCAGAAGUUGAGCGACCUGAAGCAAGCCCAGAACCGUUGGAGCGACUUUGCGGCCAACAAGGACCGAAUCGACAAGUGGCUAAGCGAGACAGAGAAGACGCUGAAGGCGGCGCCGGAGACUAAGGGAGAGCUGAGCGAAAUGAAGACGCUGCUGGAGCGCUACAAGACGCUGGGCAAUGAGCUGAAGCAGAAGGGCAACGAUCUCGAGCAGCUGCAGUCGGAGGCCCGAGACUUGGGCACAGAAGUAGAUGCCGUCAAUCGCUUGCAGUCGCGUUGCGAUAAGUUGAAGAACGAUUGCUCGUCGCACAUUAGGGCCCUCGAGCAGGAGAUGAUCGACUACAAUGCGUACCAUCAGAGCUUGCAGGAUGUGGAGAAGUGGCUGCUGCAGAUCUCCUUCCAGCUGAUGGCCCACAAUUCGCUGUUCAUCUCGAAUCGCGAACAAACCCAGGAGCAGAUCAAACAGCACGAGGCAUUGCUGUCCGAGAUCCAGAAGUAUCAAACCAAUCUGGAUGACCUCAAUGCCAAGGGCCAGGCGCAGAUCAAACGCUAUGAAUCCACCACGCCAGCCAUCCGUCCCACAGUUGAGUCACAGCUGAAAAACAUUCAGGACAGCUACAACUCCCUGCUGCAGACCUCAGUGCAGAAAAACCGCCUGCUCGAAUCGCUGGCAAAGUUCCAAGAAUACGAGGACACUCUCGACAGCAUCAUGCGCAAUCUGGAGACCUACGAGCCCAUCAUUCAGACCGAACUGGAUGCCCCAGCGACCAGCCUGGAACUGGCCCAGAAUCAACUCAGAUGCGCCCAGGAAAUGCAGCACAAGUUAAACAACGAAAAGGCACGUCUAGCAGCCGCCGUGCAGGCCUGUGAAGCGGCCACUGCCUCGAUAAGUCGUCCCAGCUCUCCGCUGGAGACGGCCAUGCAGGCCAUACCCGAGCGUGAAUUGAUUGUGCGCGCAAAGCUUGAAGAUCUGCUGGAUCAGCAACCGCCGCAAAAGACUCGGAGCUCAACCGACGAUAUUGAUGAUGAUGAAGAUGAUGUUGAGAUCCAAGUUGAGCUCAGCGAUGUCCAUGAGGCGCGUUUGGAUCCGAUUGCACAUGAGCGUGUCAGCAACUAUCGCCGCAUAGUUCGCCUGCAUAGCGCACAUGUGAGCAAGUUGCAAGAACUCGUCGCCAAGGUGCAAUCCCAUUUGGGUGGUUUGACUGCAUCCGUUGGCGAAUUGGAGCAACAGCAGAAGCAGCGCGCCGAGCUGCAGGAUUGGGUUAAGAAGCAACAGAGCUCCGUAUCCGACUGGUCAAUGCGUCCCAGCAAACUCCGUCCCGAGGCGGCACAACAGGAACUGGUGGCCAUGAAUGAUCUAUUGAAUUCCAUUGGCGAUAAACGUUCCCAAUUGAUGCUGGAAAUGACUGGUUCAUUGGGCGAUGAGGACACAGAUUUGGAUGACAACAUUGACAAGCUCGAGUCGGAGCUCAUGGAUGCCAUUGCCAAGAAGCAGGCGGGCCAGAAUGUCAUCGAUGGCUAUCGCCAGGGCAUGCAGGAUGUCCAAAAUUGGUUCGACACUCUCAUCAAGCGCAUGGAUGUCCUUGAUCGCGGCUCUGGGCUGAAUUGUGCCCAGAAGACUGCCGCCAUUAAUGAGAUUAAAAACGAGUACGAGCUCCAGGGUCACCCCAAGAUCCAGGAGCUCAAGGGCAAGGCCGCGCAGGUGGCUGAGGUUAUCAGCAAUCUGGAUGGGCAGCAGGUGGAAGAGCAAAUGAAAUCCCUGGAUCGUCGCUUUGCCGAUCUUGGCAAGCGAAUCGAUCGCAAGGCCCAGCUGCUGGAUGUCACCAACAAGGGUGUGGAUGGAGCCAAGGGCGAGAUUGAUCAGCUCCAGAAUUGGGUGAAGCAACAGAUCGACGAGCUGCAGGCACCCACUCCGCUGGGCUACACGCCCAAGGAUGCCGAGGCGCGUCAGCAGAAGAUCAAGAGCCUGAUGAAGGAUGCCGAGGCAAAGCAAUCCCUGGCCGAUGUUCUCGAGAAGCGCAUUGCCAACAUGCAGCCGGAAUUGGAGCCAGCAGAGUACUCUCAGCUGGAGUCUGCUUUGCGGAAUCUCAACUCGGAGAAUCGUAAUCUGUCGGGCGUGCUAAAGGCCGAACUGGAUCGCGCCCUGGAGGCCAGCAAGGCACGAAAGGCUUUGGAGAACGAUCUGGACAAGGCGCGUCAAUGGCUCAAGACAAAGAUAUCGGAGGUGCGCAAGCUGCCCGUCUAUCAUCCACUGACCUCUGCAGAGAUUGAGAAGAAACUGCAGGAGAACAAAAAGUACGACGAUGAUGCCAAACAGUUCAACGACAGCGUUCUCAGCGAUGUGCAACGUCAAGCGGCAAACAUCAUGAAGGAUUGCGAUGAUGCGGACAAGGCUGCCCUGCAGCAGAUCCUCGACGAAAUAGCCGCCGACUAUCAGACGCUGAAGGAUGAGGGCAACAAGAGAGGCAAAUCUUUGGAUGAUCUGCUCCAGGGGCGCAAGGCCUUCGAGGACUCAAUGAAGAAAAUGGGCGACUGGCUGAACGAAAUGGAAACGGCCACUGAGGGUGAGCUAAGAACCACCAGUCUGCCUGUCCUCGAAGAGCAGCUGGCGCACUACAAGAAGCUGCUGCAGAAUGCCGAGAACAUGGGCGGCCUCUGCAACGAUGUGUCCGAGCAGGGCAAGAGUAUUGUGCCUACGCUCAGCAAUGCGGAUAAGCUGAAGCUCAAUGAUGACAUUAAGAACAUGAAGGAUCGCUAUGGACGUGUCAAGAACACCAUCGACGAUAGGGUUAAUGCCUUGGGCGACCACAUCAAGAAGUACAAGGAUGCCAAGAGUCGGUUGGCCGAUUGCAGCCAGUUCUUGGGCACCAUUCAGCAGCGUAUGCGUGAGCUGAACCGUCCGAUUGGCUCCAGGAUUGAGGAUGUCCAGGAUCUGUUGGGUGCCUAUGAGGGUAUACUCAAGGAACUCAAGGACAGCAAGAGCAAGAUGGGCGACAUGCAGAUCGAUGAUCUGCCUGAAUUGCAGAGCAUUUUGGCCCAACAGGAUGAUAUGAUCAAACUGAUUGAAGAUCAAUUGGCCCAUCUCCGGCAGCUGCUGCUGCUGCGCGAACAGUUUAUUGCUUUGAUCAAUGAGAUCAUUGCCUUUAUCAUGAAGUACACCGAUGUGAUCAUUGACAUUGAGAACUCCCCCGACAGCCUCGAGGACAAGAUCAACAAGUAUGAUGAUGUGAUAGUCAAGAUUCAAGAGUGCGAGGGUGUCCUGGCCUCGGCCAAUGACAAGGGCCAGAAGAUCGCCUCUGAGGGCAAUGCUGCGGACAAGAACAGCAUCACCGAGCAGCUGCAAUCACUGAAAAACCAACUGCAGAAUCUCCGCAAGGCAGUGGAAUCGCAGCGACAGAAGCAUCAGCUUCAGCUGGAGUCCCACAAGAAAAUGGGCGCUGAGCUCAGCGAGAUACUCGACUGGCUGCACAGCCAUGAGGGCGCGGCCAAGAGCCGUCCUCUGCUCGAUCGCGAUCCCGAGUCGGUGGAGCGCGAGCUGCAAAAGCACCAGAGCCUCAGUCAGGACAUUGAUGCCCAUCUGAACAAAUUCAACAAAAUCAACGAUGGCGUCAAGACGGAAAUCGGAAUGCCCAGCUCUCUGCUGGAAAUGCUUUCGGAGGGUCGUUCCCUGGUAGCCUCCCUGCCGCACGAGCUGGAGGAGCGCGAGAAGUAUCUGAAGAACAACCGCGACUCCCGCCUGGAGUACAUGCAACUGGUGGCCAAGUUCAACGACUGGGUUCACGAGGCUGAGCUGCGGCUGCAGAACAGCCAGCAUGGCAUCGACUAUGAGCAUUUGGUCCAUGACCUGGACGAGCACAAGAUCUUCUUUGGCAACGAGGCACCCAUCCGCAAUUUGGUGCACAAGCAGAUUCAAGAGGCCGCCGACAAGAUCUGGUCGUCUCUCAACAACUACGAACAGUCGGAGCUGUCCUCCGAAUUGGCUCAGUUCCAGAACAAACUAACCAACACCCUGGCCAAUGCCAAGACCCAGCAGAGCGAACUGGAGCAGGAGGCCGAACGCUGGCGCGAAUAUCAGCAAUCUAUUGAUCGCGUCAAGGCCACCAUUGAGCGCACCAAAUUCAGCGAUGAACCCGUACAGAAUCUGGCCGGAGUGCACUUUAACAUACAGAAGCUGUCGCAUGCCAUUGGAAAUGUUCAGAGUCAAAGCAGCGACCUUUCUUUGGUGAACCAACAAUCGCAGGCCCUCAUACGCCAGGCGGACGCACGCAAUCGUCAAUUGAUUGAGAAGGAUAACGGUGACCUGAAUCGCUUGUGGCAGGAACUGGUACGCAGUCUCGAACAGCGUCGCGAUAAUCUGCAACAGUUGGCCGAGCAUUGGGAUAGCUUCGAGAACAGCUUGCACGGCUGGGAGAAGGCAUUAGGUCGACUAGAGGAUAAGUUCCGCAAUGUCGAUCCAACUGUAAGAUCCCGACGUCAUUUGGAAGAAACAAAGAAUGCCAUUCAGGAAUUACUUGAAGAAUCAAAUCAACUUAAAUCAUCACAUAAAGAAAUCGAGACUCUCUCAAAAUCCAUCCUCACAUUCCUUGGGGAAGUACACAAACCCUCGGCGGAGGCCAUACAGGCCAAAGUGGAUAAGUUAGUUCAACAGCAGGCCAAAUUGAACGACACGCUACGCGAGAAGGAGCAACAGGUUAGCCAGGAUCUCGACGAGAUCGAGCAAGUCUUCCGUCGCAUUUCGCAGCUGCAGGACAAGUUGAACGCCUUGAACGAUCAACUGCAAUCGAUACACGUCUACGACGAGCACAUUGCCCAAACAGAACAGGCCCUGAUCACUCUCAACAGCCAAGUGCAGCAGGCGGCCGAGGAGAGUCGUUUGCUGGUUAGCCAGACAACGGCCAAAUAUCAGGCCAAGCAGAAUCUACUGCCCAACGACAUUGCCCAAGAGUUUACAGCUCUUGAGCUGCUUUCGGAACGUGUACAGGUGACGAUGGAGACCAAAGAGAAGGAUUUCAAGCGUGCCAAGACCGUGCGCACCGAGUAUGUGGCCGGUGUGGAUGAGAUCCAGCGCUGGCUGCUGCAGGCCGAAGUGCAGGUGCAGGAGCGCACUCUCAGUCCGACACAGAUGAAGGAGCUGCUGCAGCGCAUCAAUCAUGAGAUCACCGCCAUCUACGAACGCUUCACCCUGGUCAAGACCAACGGUCAGCUGAUUAUCGAGAAUUGUCGCAACAGUGAGGAGAAGACACUGGUGCAGACGACCAUCGAUCAGUUGGCCGCAUCCCUGGCCCAAGUACGUGGCUGGUUGGACGAGAAGAAGCAGGCGGUGGGCGAUAGCCUGGAUGCUUGGACGAGAUUCAUGAACCUGUAUCAAAUUGUCAUGUCCUGGGCGGCCGAGAAGCGUACGUUUAUCGAUCAGUCGAUUGACUUGCGCACCCUGCCCGAGGCCAGGAACAAACUGAACGACUAUGUGGCGGCUGUGAAGAGUAUUAAACCGAUUGUCAAGCAUUUGAGCGAAAUGGACAAGGAACUGGAACACAUUGGCCAAGUGACGACUGUGGGCGAUCUCAAGGACAAACUGCAGGAGGCCGAGGAUGCGAAGAUAGCCGUGGAAGCGGUGCUGCUGGAGAGGAACUCUCUGCUGCAAGAGGCCUGCGAGGAAUGGGAUCAAUGUGAACGCAAAAUCAAGGAUAUACGUGCAUGGCACGAGAAGACCAAACAGGGUCUGGACUCGUCGCAGCAGCAGAAGAAACCGCUGCGCGAUCAGCUCGGAUUCUGCGAGAAGACACUGGCCGACAUAAAUGUGCAAAAAACAAAACUGAGACUGUCUAUCGAGAAGCUGGAGGUUCACUUCCGCAAUGGCAUGGGUGGUGAUCCACGCCUCAGCGAGAAUGUUGACGAUCUGGUGCGCGUGCUCGAUGGCUUGGGUGAAUUGGUGAAAGCCAAGUCCCAGAGCCUCGAGCAAACGCUGGCCCAGAUCGAUGUCUACCAGCAGCAGAUGCAAACGCUGCGGCAGCGCAUCAUCCAGGAGGAGCAACAGCUGCGUCUGGUGAUGGCGCCCACGUACUUGCCACACGAUCGUGAGCGAGCAUUAGCCGAUCAACAGGAGACAUUUGACCAAGAUCUUGAUGAGCUGCUACAAUCGCUGUCAAGCGUCGAGGAUGGCAUCGCAAACAUGAACCAGAGCAGCCUGGAGGGCAUGCUACAGGGACUAAAGCUAAUCCAAAAGAAUCUGGAAGUACACGAAAGGGACGCCCGCCAGCUGAAAGAACAGGCUAAGACUUUGCCCACGGAUCCGGGAACUGAACGCAUACUAAACGAGACUGUAGAUCGAAUUGAUUUGCUACUGCGUCGCACCCAACAAGGCAUCACCAUGAUAGCCAAUGCUAUGCAUGGCCAGAAGAAGCGGCAGCAGGACAUUGACCAGUACCAGCAGCAUUUGCUGGAGCUGGAGCGAUGGAUCAACGAGGUGUCCGCCGAGCUGGCGUCCUUUGAGACCACACCGGACAGCAGCACCGAUGAGCAGGUGCUCAAGUCACAGGUGGAACGCAGCCAGCAAUUGUUGCGCACUCUCAAGGAUCGCCAGCAGUCCAUGGACGAUCUGCUGGAACAGACGCGACAACUGCAAUCGCAGCCCGAUGUGGCGCCCCUGGCCAAUACACUGAUGGAGCAACUGCAGAGCAUUUUAAUCAUACUCCGCGAACAGAUCACAGUGGCCACCACACGGAUUUUCACCAUCGAGAAGCGCAUUGUGGAUCUGCGUAAGGCCAAGAGCGAAGAGGCACAGCGACAGCGAGUGCAGGCCGAUGCCAUGAUACAGCCCCCGAGCCAGACUGAACCACACGAAUCGAUAGAGUCCAAUGAGAACACAAUUGAUUCGACCUCAAUGCCCGAAGAGGAGGUUAAAGCACCCAGUGGCGGGGUAUAUGUAGAGACGCAAACUUCGCUGAGCUUGCAGCAGCAGCAACCGCCGGCGGCACCCAUUCAGGUGGCAACCACCACUGUUGAGGCACAGACCAGCUUCACAGAGGCACCACCCCUGGUGGUGGUGGAAACCGCUGAGGUGGCACAGCAAACGCAAAAGGAGCGUACACCCACAGAGAACAUUGUGGUGACGCAAACGAUUCAGGAUGGCCAGGCCACCAUACAGAUUGACACGACCCUGAAUAAGGAUAUACCCGACAGCCCCGAAGAUGUGCAGAUUGAGGCGCGCUACCAUCAGCGUCCCCAAGGCGAUGUGGAUCGUGCCACUGAGCUGAUCCUGAAGAAUGUACCACAGGCAUUUGAGACGACAUUUGUGGAGCCAGAUGAUACCACCACUGAGGUGAUUGUCGGACCCGAUGGCACCAAGCACAUUGUCCUGAAAAAGGUCACGCGUACGCGCCAGCAGGUUGUGCAGCAGCAACAGAUCAGCUCCAUAGAGACUGUCAGCGACUCGGAUGGCAACAUUGAAGUGCAUUCGACGGGACAGAUCAAUCUGGAGAAUGUGCAGACAACAGACACCAGUGUGGAUCCACAGGAGGGAAGCUCUCGCACCGUUGUCACACACCAGUCGCGGGGCGCUCUUGUAGAUGCCACCCAACCCGAAGCGGUAACCGUUCAGGAGUUUGAGACAGAGCCAACCAUUGAGACGUACGAGGAGAUUGUGAGUGGUCCGGGUGGAGAAGAACACUUGCUUGGCGUUGGCGUUGGCGGCACCAGCACCAUUCGUGCUGUUGUGCAGCAGGUGACCCGCAAGGUGAUCCGCAAGACGCGGAAGAUAAUCAAGCGAGUGGUGAUCAUCGAUGGGAAGGAGCACAUUACCGAGGAGGUGAUUGAGGAGCCCGAAGAGAUUGAGAUAACCGAAGAGGAGACGGCGCCGCAUGUCAAUGUGAAUAUUGUGCGUACAAUCAAUGGGAAAGUGGUCACCGAGGAGGAGUUCCAAAGAAUGCUGCAAGAGCCGGGCGUGAUCAUUGAAGAAGUUGCUGCUGAAUCGCCGCAACAGGUAUUUGAUAUUGAGUCUACCCACGUCACCUCCACCACAGAAACAGUAAUCACACCACAAGAACAAGAACAAGUACAGAUACAGCAAGAAUCAGAACAGAAACAAAAGCCAGAACAACAGACAACACCAACAGAAACAAAGAUCAAAGAAUCAGCACCAGUAGAGUUGCCAGCACCUUCUCAAGUAGAUGUUGCAGAAACAUUAGAUGUUGCCAGUACCACUACUACAUCCAUCAGUACCGUUAAUGUUGCAGCAACAGAUGUAGCCAGCCCAGCGGAUGUUGCAGAAAUCACUACAGAACCUGUGGUGGAAGACAUCCACGAAAUUUGGCCAAUGGAACAUCAUUUGAAGGCCACCAACAUUGACUUUUCACAACACACUGAGGAACUAGCACCAGCAGCAACAAUCACUACAGAAAUCAGAGAAGAAUCCAUGCCCGUGGAAACCAUUUGGCCCACAAGCCCAGAGACGGGCAACUCUCUAACGCUGGAUAAUUAUGAAUUUGAGCCACAAUCACCCUUAGAAAAGAUAGAACUUGAGACUGAGACAAAGCCUGAAACAGAACCAGAGACUAAACCACAAACGGAGACAGAGACCCAGCCAGAGACCAAGCCAGAGCCCGUCACCACUGGCAGUAUUGAAAUUACUAAGACCAUCACCACAGUGACCAGCCUAAGGGACGAGCCCCAAGAAUCCCCUGUAGAAGUUCUGCCUGAAACGGAGCAAGAAGUUCCAAAAGCAAAGACUGAUAUUGAGAGUUUCCUGGAAGCUGAAAAGACUUUGGCAGGAGCCCUGAAGGAACAUCAGCCUGCUCCUGCCAGCAUUCAGGUUGUAGAAGUGCAAUCAGAGAUAGUUCUUCCUGAAGCUCUUGAAAAGGAACCCGCUAAAGUAGAAGCACCUGCAGAACCUACCAUAGAAGUCACAGAGGUAACGAUACGCCAGCCUCAACAGCAGCCAGCGGAAGUUGUCAGCGUGGAAGUCACACUGCAAGAGCCAGCACCAGUUCAGCCAACGGUUGACGCACCGAAAAAGGAGACUGACCUGCGUGUGGCCACCCAACUGUUUAUCUCUGGGGACGCUGCCGCUUCAACGGGCCCACAAAAGUCCUUCCAGAUUACGGCACCAUCCGUUGAGGAUAAUGGCGAUGGUGUGCUGAAGGUUGUGAUGCCAAAGGGCAACGAGGAAGAGUCUGCUGCUGCCACGACCACCAACGUGACCAUGACCAUCAUUGAGACGGUGGCUCCUGCUGCCGACGCCAAGCGGCGUCGAAAGAAAAAGAAGAGAAGAGACACAAAGCCGGAGGAAGAUCUUCCAGAACAAAAAUCAGAAACCGAGCCAGAGGCAGCUGUUUCCGAGAAGGAGGAGCCAGAGCCAAUCCCUGUGGCGGACAAAGUGCGCCACGAAUCGAUUGUGGAGAUCAGUGCCGAGAGCGAUGUGUCCAGCAUGGACAUUGACACGCCUCAAGACUCGGUGAAGAUUGUCGAAGAUGCAGUCGUCUCCUCGCCCUCAGAGUCUCCACGUGCGCCACACGUAGAGCUGGUGAUACCCACAGAAAUUGUAGAACUUUCAGUGGUCGAGGAUGAGGAACAGCAGACGACGCCACGUGCCACAACGCCUGUAGAAGUCGCCGCAAAGAUCGAGCAGGACAUCAAGUCCGUGCAGACAUCGCCGCAGCAUCAACCGACAUUAGAUGAGAUUUCAGUGCAGACGAGUCUGGAGCUACAACCCGACAACCAGGAGAUGGAAUCGCAGACGCUGAUCAUUGAGAUUGCCGAGACAGAGGCGCAGACAACGCCACGCGGCGAUGAGCGGAUUGUGGAGGUAUCCACCACCGAAAUGCAAACGGAAGUCAGUGGCCAGCCAGCGGAAACGGUUGAGAUCUCCAGUCAAACGACUGUGACGACAACCAUUGAAAAGGAGCUGCAGACAACGCCUAGGGAAUCGCCGCGUCAGCAAGAGCCAGGCAGUGAUGAUGUUGUGCCAUCGCUUGUCCAAGAUUUGGUCAAGGAGAUGACCAUCGAUCUGCCAGUGCCCACCACAGAGCAGUCCACGUUCACCGAAACCACAACGACCACAGAGACGCAUGUGCAGACCAACACACCCGAACCCUCAGAAUUUGUGGCCGUUGCCGUGAAGCCAGAGACUGUAAAUGAGGCAACCACAACGCUGGAACUGGUGCAAGUAGCAGACGGUGAGGCGCAGACAACGACACCGCGUGAAGUGGAACCACAGCAGCAACAACCCAUAUCAUUGGAUGAAUCCAACUCCACUUCCAUUUCGGAACCAUACGAACUGGAGGUGAAGACCACAGUGGCGAUACCAGCCGACUCGGAUGCUGGCUCUCUGGCCGAGCCCACGGUCUACGAGUACACGCAGACCAUGGAGCUGCCCAAGCCAGAGAAGCGCUCCAAGAAGGACAAGAAAAAGAAGCAAAAGAAGGAGCAGCAGCAGCCAGAGGAGCCACAGAUCAGUGUCACUGUGGAAAUAGCACCCGAACUGCUGUCCGAAUCGGGCAUUGUUGUGUCCACCAAUCAGCAGAUCGAGGAGGUGCCACAUGUGGCACCAGCAGAGAUUGAAGCCCCAGCGGAAGUGGAGCCGACGAAGCCGCAACCGCAAAGAGUUCAGCUGCAGAUCACCACAACGAGGGUCUACGAUGAGUAUCCCGAUCUGCCAGUGCACAUUAUCGAGCAGAACAAGAUGAGCAUUGCAGAGCAGAGCAGUCGAACGACUCGCAGUGGAGCGGGACCAACGUCGUCGGUGACCAUCGAAGAGGUUUCCUCGCCCACAGAAGAGCUGGUGGUGGUGCCCAUCACCCCUGGGCCCGACAAUCUCAACGAGCAGCAGAGUAGCAUUUGGUUCCAGCCAAAGACAGUCAGUUCCCAGGAUCCCUCCCAGGCGCUGAUCAUGAGCGAGAGCCUGCAGCAUUAUCCCGGACAACAGAAGCAGAAGGCCAACAUCCUGGUGGAGACCAUUGGGGAUCGCAUCAAGCACUUGAAGCAGGCGACACCCCAGCAACAGCCAACAACGACAACGCCACUGAGCAAUGUCCUCCACUUGGCCACACUUUCGGAGCAGAUCAAGGAGCUGCCCACGGAGCAGCGUCUGCAGGAGGUCAACGAGGGUCUGAGGGACCUAGAUGCGGCGCUGCACAGCGGCGACAAGACGAUCAUCCAGACGACAGUCAUCACGGUCAUUGAGAAGGUGUCCACGUGGCUGGAGACGAUCGAAUAUCGCGUUUAUCUCAUCAGACAGAACUCGAACGAGGGACCCUCCAAGGAGAAGCUGGACAACUACAACCAGCUGAACGAGGAGCUGCACACGAUCAAGCAGAAUGUGAACCAACUGGAGAGGCAGCUGUCAAAGACAGAGGAGCCCGAGCUGCACCAGUGCGUGGACACGCUGAAGGAGCAUGUCGAGGCCGUGGAGCAGGUGACGCAACAGAAUCAGGCGCAGGACAGCAACGAUCUGGACAAGUGGCACAGCUUUGAGACGCUGCUGAAUGAUGUGUCCAGCGUUUUGGUGCAACUGCAGCAGCGCUACGAGCUGGUGGCCAAUCAGGAUUAUCCGCUAUCCGACAAACUCUCGCACUUGGACGAACUGGAGCAGGAGCAUGAGCAGGCACAGCAGCAGCUGGGUCACCUAUUGCAGAAUGCACGCGCCUUCCAGCGCGAUUUCCCCGGCAAGAAGAUGCCACAAGAUGUGCACGAUGCCUUCGAGACGAGCAAGAACAUUGGCAACAACAUCCAGGCGGAACGGGAGCGUCUGCUCCAGCUGCAAUCCCUGGCGGAGGAGUACGAACAGACGCUCAAGGAGUUCACCAACAUCACGGUGCUCGCCGACAAGCUGGUCGAGUGCCCCAUUGUGUCCAGUUCUUUGGAGCAGCUGAACAACGAGGUGCAGAAGCAGCGCAAGUUCUUUGUGAAUCUCAGCCACUGCCGCGCCAUGCUGGAGUCCCUCGAGGAGAACAUUGACACGGAGACGCGUGAGAAGCACUCGGAACUGCACAAGGAGCUCUACAACCGAGCCACUCAGCUGCUGGACAAGGCCUCCGAACGCUCCUCGAAGCUCGUGCAGGCCGCCUCCCGCUGGACCGUCUUGGAGAAGGGAAUGCGCGACGAGUUGCAGUGGCUGCAGGUGGCCCAGCAGCGUGUUCCCGAUCUUUCGGCCGUGACAUCUGCAGACUACGAUCAGUACACGACGCUCUACCAGUCGCUGAGCAACGACAUCUCCCAUCAUUAUGUGAAGAUGACGCAGCUCUCGGGCAUAGCCAACAAGCUGCAGCAACUGGUGCAGGCGCCCAAUCUGGUGGAGGAAACCAACGAGGCGCUGAUUGUGCUGCUGAAGCUGCGCGAAGAGGUGGCUCUGUAUCUGCACCGCCUGCUGGUCUUCAAGGAGAUCUGGGUGCAGUACGAGCAACAGACCGACAAGCUGGAGGCCUUUGUGCGCGAGGCAGAGCAGGAGCUGCGCCACAUACAGAUACCCGCACAGCCCACCCAUCAGCCCAUCGAGCAUAUGCGUCAGUUCUGGGAAAUCAAGGCACGCUUUGAGCUGCACAACAAUGUGCGCAACGAUGCUGGCCACAGCUUUGAGAAAUCUCUGCAGGUUAUUCCUCUGGCGGAUGAGAUGCUGCAGCGGCAGUUCCAUGCCCAGCUGGACGAUCGCUGGCAGGCCGUGGCCCAGGCCAUCGAACAGAUCCAACACAAUAUUGUCGAGUGCCUGUCCUCAGAGGAGAUGCCAGCGGCAGAGAAGCUGAAGCUGGUGGAACGUGAGCUGCAGGAGAUCUACCUGACAAUGACCAGCAUGAAGGGUGUCAUCAAGAACGAGGAGGAGCUCUGCCUCUACAUCGAACGCGUCCAGGUGCUGCGCACUCGCGUGGGCUUCAUUGGCAACGAGCUGGGACGCAUUGGACUGCAAGAGCCGGCCGCCAUUGAGCCCGAGAAGAUUGGCGAGCUGUUUGCCCUCUCGCACAAGAUAACCACACAGAUAGCCGAGGAGCUGGAGGGUGCCUCCGUGCUGCGCGAUCAGCUGCAGGCCAUCCAGGAGGGCAUCAGCAACCAGCGCAAGCAUCAGGCCAAGAUCUCUGUCAUUCUGGAUGAAUGCGAGGCGGCCGAGCGCCAGGGUGCCGAUGUCCUCGAGAAGGCCGUCACCGACUGUCAGAAUGUGGGCGAGGAGCUCGUCGCCAGCUGGCAGGAGAUCAUGCGCAUCCGCCAGAUGCUCCACACCCUGCCCAUGCGCCUCAAGAUGUCCGUGUCGCCGGUGAAGCUCGAGCGGGACAUUUCCCAACUGCAAGACGAUCACGCCUUCCUCGAGAGCAAGUGCACCAACAUCAUGGCCAUACUACGCAAUCGCCUGGCCAUGUGGCUACGCUACGAACGUCAGCUGGAGCUCGUCCAUGGCUCCGUACAGGAGACUGACUUUAUGAUGGAACUGAUUCGAGUGCACGGACAAGUGGACUACGUGCGACUCAGGAAAGCCACUGAAAGAUUAGAGGGACUCGCCGGCGAUCUACACAACCGCGAAGAACUCAUCGAUGAGCUUAAGGGCGCCGCCAAGCCGCUGAUCGAGAGCUGUGAUGUCCAAAUUGUCGAACAAAUCGAAUCGGCUGUGCAGGAUGCGGUAGUUGCCUGGAAUGACACCACCGAGAAUCUGCAGCAGCUGUGCACACGCUACCAGCGAGCCGUUGAACUCUGGGAUAAAUAUCGCAACGCUUCGGCGGCCGUUCAAAGUUCCAUUGACCAGCAAAUGGAUACGGUCAAGUCCUUGGAGCAGCCCUUGGAUGCCCUACAACAUGCCAAGGCCUGUCAAGAUAAUUUGACCACACAAAAUGAUAGGCUCUUGGAACUGCGUGAUAUUGUGGCCAAAAUAGCCGCCGAUGUGGGUCUCGAUGCUUCGGCACUGAUGCAGGGCGAAUUGGAUGCGUUGGGUCAACGUUUGACCGAAUGCAAAGAUGCCAUUACCACAUUGGCCAAUGUGGCCGAAACGCAGGACAAGGAGCGCAAAGAGCUGGACAAGGAGGUGACACAGGCCAAGUUUUACUUCAACAAUGUGCAGCAGGACAUAUCACGCGAGGCGCCGCAAACGCCCAGGGAGAGCGAGGAGCAGUUGGCCGCGCUGCGUGCCCAUCUGCAGACUCUGGCCCGCACGGAGGAGCAGCUGCGGCAGUUGCGUGAGCGACAGCAGCAGAGCAACGAAGUGGCGCCCACAAGUGUCGCCGAUGAUGGGAUACUCGAGGUGCUGGCCCUGUGGCAGAAGAUAUUCCAGGACACGUUCCAGGAGUACCAUCGCCUGUCCACGCGGCUGGCCCGCAGCCAGAACAGCUCCGAGGCACUGCGCCUGUGGCGUCAGUAUCUGCAGCAUGUGCAGUCCUUCCUCUCCUGUGCCAUACCCGAGGACUACAGCAGUCUGCGCGAGCAGCAGCAGCUGUGCGCCAUCCACCAGAACCUCUUGAUCUCCCAGCAGAGCGUGCUGGCAGAGACGCCACUCGAGUCGGAGCUCUCGGAGCAGUACAAGGCGCUGACCAAUCUGCACAACGAAACGCUGUCGCGGAUCAUGCAGCGCAACGGGGAACUGGAGCGUCGUGUGAGCGGCUGGAAUGCCUACCGCCAGCAGCUGGCGGCCCUGCUCGACUGGCUGCGACAACGCGAGGCGGAGCGCAACAAUCUUCAGCUUCGCUACAUCCACCUGAAGCGUGUGCCGCACCUGAAGAGCCGCCUGGAUGGUCUGCUGCAUCAGCUGGACCAGGGCGAGCAGCAGAGCAAGUCCCUGCAGGAGCAGCAGCAACAGUUGUCGCGCCACUGCGACGAGGCUCUGGCCACCGCCAUGCGCAUGGAGCAGGCCAGCAUCGGGCAGCGCAUCAACAAUCUGCGCGCCGCCCUCGAAACCUGGCAGGGAUUCCUGCACCGCAUCAGCCAGCUCUCGGAGACCUACGAGCAGCGUGUGCUGCAGCUGCAAAAGGAGUUUGGAGCAGCCCAGAAGCUGCUGGACAGCAGCAGCGAACCGCUGCCCACCCAGCCAGCGGCCAUUGAGCAGCUGCUGCAGGCACUGCGGGCACAGCGUGUCCAGUUGGGCGCACAAGUGCCGGCGCUGGAGAGCCUCACGGUCACCCAGGAGGAGCUGAAGGAGUGCGUUAGUCCGCACGACAUGAAGACCAUUCGCCAGCGCAAUUGGCUGCUGUGGCAGCAGCACGCGGACCUCGACUACCAGCUGGCAAGUCUCAUCAACAGCAUUGACGAGCGGCUGUCCCUGCAAUCCAACUACCAAGUCCGCUACGGACGCAUCUCCCAGUGGCUGCAGCGACUCGAGCAGCGCGUCGAACGCGAUGCCGAUGUCUCGGCCAUGGCCAAUCCGGAGCAGGCAGCCAAGCAGCUGGAGCAGCAAGUCAACGCCGAGCUGCAGUUGCGCGACAAGGAGCGCGAAUGGCUGCUCUCCACGAGCCGAGAGCUGCUCUCGCUGUACGCCGAGGAGCCCGAGGUGCGGGCCCAGGUGCAGCAGCAGAGCGAUGCCCUCAUCGAUCGCUGGCAGCGACUCAAGUACCUGUGCAAGCAGCGGGCCACGAAGAUCGGCGAGCUGAAGAUGACGCUGCUGCGGCUGGAGGAGCGGAUAGCGCUCAUCCGAGCGUGGCUCUUUGAGGUGGAGUCGCAGCUGGACAAACCGCUCAGCUUCGACAGCUACACCCCGAACGUGAUCGAGGCCAAGCUGAAGGAGCACGAGCAGAUCCAGCGAUCCAUCGAGCACCACAGCAGCAAUGUUGGCGAGGUCCUGAACCUCGUGGAGAUGCUGCUGAACGAUGCCGACAGCUGGCGCACUCAGGUGAACACCUCCGGCCUGGCAUCCUCCGCCCAAAAUCUCGAGCAGCGCUGGAAGAACGUCUGCAGUCAGUCGGCGGAGCGUAAGCAGCGCAUUCUCAGCAUUUGGAACCUGCUGCAGAGUUUGAUCAAGCAAACGGCCGAACACAAGAACUGGCUGGGCAAGCAGGAAACCCAACUGGCGGGCUACGAACGCGAGCACAAGUCCAGCGGCAAGCAGAAGCUGGAGGAGCGCCAGAAGGAGCUGCGCUCCAAGCUGGAUGAACUCGACAGUCAGUCGGUGAAUCUGCGGCAUCUGGAACAGACGUACGCCAAGCUGACGAUGGCCACGGGUGUGGAUCCCGAGAACAUACAGAAACUCACGCUGCCCACCAAGGUGAUGCUGAGCAAGUGGCGCCAACUGACGCCACGCUGCCAUGCCCUGCUCGAUGCCAUUGACAAGGAUGCCAAGGUGCUGCGAGAGUUCCAUGCCGCCCAGCAGGAGGCCACUCAAUCCCUGACAGCCAUACAGAAGGCGCUCGAGCAACUGCCCAGCCCAACAGCUGAGGCUGAGCCCAAGGCGGUGCUGCAGCGUUUGGAGAACCUCGAGCGCAAGCUGCAGGAUGCCCAAAAGCAUGUCCAGCAAGCGGAUGCCUUGGCCCAGGAUGCCAAGACACGAUCCAAGCAGCAGCAGCCACAACUGAAGCAAAUGCUCGAACUGAUAACCGUCUACACCACACUCUGGCAGACAGUUCAGACGCGCAUCGUCACCCUGAAGACCAGCUGGCUGGCCAGAGCGGCUCAAAGUGCUGCCGUGGCAGUCAGCGAGGCGGCCAAUGCAGCCGUUCAGGUGAACACGCUGUCCCAGCGGAAGAUGCGCCAGGCACAGCAGAUGCAUCGCGAGACCUCCAUCACUGCCAAGGAUGCGUACAUCAUGGAGCUGCAGACGGCCAUUGCCGAGUGCCAGAACAAUCUGGACGAGCUGCAGCGUACGAUUGUGGACAAGACACGCAAGCCGGGCCCACAGAAGAUAGCCAAGCUGCUGGGCAACGCCCAGUCCUCAACGGAACUAGUCAAGCAUCUCAGCAAUCUGCUGCUAACCGAAUGCCAGGCCGACAGCCAGGCUGCCCAGUCGGAAACCGUCUCAGAGCUCACGUUGCGCUUUGCAACACUGCAGUCGCAGUGGAAGGCGCGACAGCAGCACGAUCAGAAUGCAAGCGAGGUCGGCCGUCUAACGUGUCCGCUCUGCACGCAACGAAACUGGCAGCAGAUCGACAACGAUCUGUGGCGCCUGGAGCAGUGGCUGCAGUUCGCCGAGAGCACACAAAAGGCUCAAACGGCACCACCGUCCAACAUUGAGCUGCUGGAGGAUGUGACACAGGAUCAUCGCGAGUUCCUGCUGGAUCUGGAGAGUCACAAGUCGAUCAUUUCGUCCCUGAAUGUGGUCGGUGAUCAUCUGGCCACCCACACCCUGGACACGGAGAAGGCCCGCCAGCUGCGCUCUCGCCUCGAUGCGGAUAACGAGCGCUGGAACAAUGUCUGCAUCAAUGCCACCAAAUGGCAGGCUCUGCUGCAGACCGCCCUCAUGGGCAACAGUGAGUUCCAUCAGACCAUCGAUGAGCUGGUCGAUUGGUUGCAGCGCACCGAGCAGAACAUCAAAGCCUCCGAGCCCGUGGAUCUCACCGAGGAGCGUUCGGUCCUUGAGACCAAGUUCAAGAAAUUCAAAGAUCUGCGCGCCGAAUUGGAACGCUGUGAGCCGCGUGUCGUGAGUCUACAGGAUGCCGCCGAUCAGCUACUCCGCUCUGUCGAAGGCUCUGAGGAACAGUCCCAACAUACCUACGAAAGAACCCUUUCCAGAUUGACCGAUCUCCGUCUGCGUCUGCAAUCGCUGCGUCGUCUCUCCGGCAUUUACAUUGUCAAGCUGGGCGCAGUGCUCGGCUACGAGGGCGACAAUCUUGGUGUGCCGCUGCACAUGUUGUCGAGUGAGCUUUUGGAUAAUACUACAUUAUCAACCUCUUCUAUGCAGGCCGCCGCACCAAACACAGAAAAUGCAAACAACACCGAUGGCGAUGCUGUCGAUGGCGAUGUCAUCAAUACCACGGUGCUGGCACGCGGUGCUCGCUUCCUAGGCCGCGUUGCCCGUGCCUCCCUGCCCAUACAGGCGCUCAUGCUGUUGCUUUUAGGUGUGGCAACACUGGUGCCCCACGGUGAGGACUAUACGUGCAUGUUCUCGAACACAUUUGCACGGAGUCUGGAGCCAAUGUUGUCGUAUCCCCAUGGACCGCCGCCAACGUAAACCCCCUCAAAAAUGUCAAACAAAAAGGAAAGAAUAAGCUGUCGAGUUGCUAUUGGAUAAGUGCAAGAAACAAGAACAUAAACUAAACAAAUAUAUAACAGAAUAAUCCCUUAAUUAACAAAUGCCUUUAUAAGAAAUUUCCUGUUUAAAAAUAUUUGGAAUUAUGACAAAUUUCACAUUUUGACCGUUUAGUAUGUUUUGUAUAGCUAAAGGCAUUCAAUUAAAAUUAAAACACAAAUCUGUAACUGUAUUGUACAUAAUGAUUAUAACGACCUACUCGUAUACCCCCAAAACAAAUCAAAACAAAACAAAACCCUAGACUCGACGAGCAUAAACACAAAAAAACACUUGAAAGAAUGAGAAACUAUAUUCAACAAACUAACGACAAAGUAACGAAACACUUUUGUAAAACGAUAUAUACAUUAUACAUACAUAUAUAUUUGCACAGCAAACAAUUUAUAUAUUCAUAUAUAUAUACGAUCCCAGAACUAUAAAGAAACCCCAACAUUUUGUAUAUAAAAUAACUAAGCUAAAACGAAAUCAAAAUACGCACACGAAAAUUUUACUCAUAAGCGCACGCUCCCUUCAUCCAUAGAGCAAUUGCAGCAGCAGCGGAAGGUGGACAUGGUCUUUGCGAAUCUCGUGGAACAUUUUUGCACUAACCCAUGGCCACUAGCCGCUGCUGUUGCCAUCAGUCGGCCACGAAACUGAACAA